CUGGAAUCCAGGCUGGAUCCCUUCCCUGGGCAAGUGGAUUCACAGUGAUGUAAGAGGGGAUUGAAGUUUGGCUGUGGGUUCCUGAAAGGAAACGGUAUUCCAGAACCAGCUCUCUAUUCCAUCCCAAUAAUGGACUCAGGAUGUUAAUUAAUAGAUAAUUGCUAAUAUCUUGCAUCCCUCUAAUGUCUCACUGAUGAGCUUCAAAGCACUUUGCAGUCUCUGGCUCUGAUUCCCUGCUUUGAGAGGGCACAAAUUGCAGCUCAGAGACAUUUCAGGAACUUGCUGAUGAUCCAAGUCCGGAUCAGCAUCAGCCCCAAGUUCUGGAUUCCUGCUCCAAGCACCGACCCACUCUGCCUCUCCUGCCACACCACUGGCCUGCCUCCCAAACCACAGCCUUUUAGCAAACCCUCCCAGGGAAGCUCUCGAGGAGGCAGAGGCAGGGAAAGAAGGAGUUAAGCAAUAUACUGAUAGGCUGGUGAGAUCAUCGGAGCUGGGAUGCUCCAUUGUUUAUUAGACUCAACAGAGCCCAGUAGACAACACCCAGAGGGAUGAGGGGCUUGGGAUGAGCCUGGCUUCGGAGAGGGAGACCUCCUGCUGCAGCCAGCCCUCACUGCUCUCCACGAGCCGGUGGGGGGGUCCCUCCGUGGAGUGCUCAGGGCAUGGUGAGGGCAAGUGGCCACCUCCCCUUCCACAGCGAGCCAGGGCAGCCCAGUGACAGCCAGGACACAGGCACAGCAUGGUCACCUCCUCAGACCCCACCACCAUGGAAGUCCCCCCCAGGAGCCCUGAUGGGAGUGAGAGGUCUCCUCCCUCCAGGGAGCUCAUCACCAGUCGCACGGGGAGCACCCUGUGCAUGAGCUCCCGCAGCGAGUCCAUCUGGACCAGCACCUCCAGGAGCAAGUGGGAGAUCUACCACAAGCCUGUGAUCGUGGUGUCUGUUGGAGCUGCCCUCUUCCUCUUCGGGACAGUCAUCAUCAUCCUGUCCUGCUUCCUGGAGGAUGAGAAAAAAGUUUUUAAAAUGUCUGGCCCGGCUUUCCUGUCCCUGGGGCUGAUGCUGCUUGUUUGUGGCCUUGUGUGGAUCCCCAUCAUCAGGAAGAAGCAGAAGCAGAGACAGAAGUCACAGUUUCUACAGAGCCUCAAGUCCUUCUUCUUUAACCGCUGAGAGCAGCCCAGGACCUUCCCGGGAAGGUUCCCCUCCCCUCUACCAAGUUGUGCUGAUUAGCCAUAAAAAGAAACACGUUCUUGUACUCUCCUAGAGGAUUUCAUCCCAGUAAGUCUCUUCCCUACAUGGUUUCCAGUGUCAAAAUGAACUUUGUAUUUCAUCCAAGUAAUGUCAGAAAAAAAGGGAGCAGGAUUUUCCAGCUGAGCCCAGCAAGGCAGUUCCAAACUCUCUGUGUCAUUGGGUCAGUGAGCGACCCAACAGCACAUGGUGGGGAAAGCAAAGCUCCCAAGUAACCUGGGCUAAAGCAAAGCUCCAAAGUUACCUGGGCUAAAGCAAAGCUCCAAAGUUACCUGGGCUAAAGCAAAGCUCCAAAGUUACCUGGCUCCUCCCAGGAGCUUCUGCAAGAUACAUCAGCAGAGAGGAGCCCUCUGACUGCAGAGUGUGAGCCAGGCUGGUGUGAACAUUGCUGCAAACUGCAGUUUGGGUGGAGAAACUGAGAGGCCAGAUGUGGUUCACCCAGAGGUAGUGAAAAGGAGAAGGAAAAAAUAGUUCCAGAUCACUUUGUAUCAGAAGAGGCCACCACAAUGGGCAGUACACAUCAUCAGAGCUCAGGAGAACCAGACGUGAUGCCCAUGGCCAGAACAUUCUUGUCAUUCCUAGAAUCACAGAAUUAUUGAGGCUGGAAAAGAAUUCCAAGCCCAUGGAGUCUACCCUGUGCCUGAUUCCCACCUUGUCCCCCAGCCCAGAGCACUGAGUGCCACGGCCAGGCCUUCUUUGGACACCUCCAGGGCUGGGGACUCCAAACCUCCCUGGGCAGCCCCUGCCAAGGCCUCACCACCCUUUGCAGGAAGAAAUUCCUCCUGAUGUCCAACCUGAGCCUCCCCUGGUGCAGUUUGAGGCCGUUUCCUCUUGUCUUGUCACUUCCUGACCCCCACCUGCCUAAACUCUCCUUUAAGGUAGUUGUAGAGAGUUGUCCCUCCUGAGCCUCCUUUUCUCCAGGCUGAGCCCCCCCAGCUCCCUCAGCUGCUCCUGCUGCUCCAGCCCCUUCCCUGUUGCCCUUCUCUGGACAUUCUCCAGCCCCUCAAUGUCUUUCUUGCAGUGAGGGGUCCACUGACCUGUCACAACGACUGCUGGGCCCCUGGAGCUCACUCCAUGCUGUGUGGGGUGUUCCCAGGCUGUAUUUGUUGCUCCAAAGGGUCAGAGUGAGGAGCAGCAUCACAACCAUCAUGUUCUGGUGUUUAAGGAAGGCUGUUCCCCAAGGCCUGCAGGGCCAGACCUGUCUCACAUCUGUCCAUCUGCACUGGUGGUGUCUGUCAGAGCCACCCCUGAACCCCAACCAUCAGCCUGUUGGUGCCACCAGAACUGGACCACAGGCAAGAGAGACAUGUUUGUUACCUCCACCCUGCCUUUAAUAAAUGAGUGCCUGAGACAACUCACCAAGGAAAGCAUGGAUCCUUCCUGCACGGAUUUGGUUUCAUUUUGCAUUUUCAGCAAGCUGGAAUUACUUUAAAAGACAAAUUUGGAACAGAAAUUCUCAGUCUGAAGAGCUGGGCUCAGUCUGGACAGUGAGAUCUGGGUUGAUAUAAAUAGGCCCAAAAUGUCCAGGGUUCAGGCACUGAUGAGAGGCUGAUGUUCCAGAAGUGCUGAUCCCAUCUGGAUCCUCAGCCUGGCAGGAUCCCCCAGCACAGCAAGCACUGGCUCAAAGGCCCUGGCCCCUGCUGUGGGGUGAGAAUGUGGUCAGUGCUUCAGAAGCAAAGAGAAACAGAGAAGAGGAGACCCCACCAAGCUGCCCUUUGUAGUCUGCACCUCCACAGGGAAGCUGAGGCAUCCCUGCUGCUCUUCCAGAUGCUGUGGGAGGUGGGGAUGUUGGCAGGGGGUGUGUGGAGAGAAUCUGAAUGUGUUUGGUGUCAGAUAGACAGGGUUUAAUAACCUCCCUCAGCUGCUGAGGAGAGGAAGCCCAUGUAAGUCCUCAGCUUCCUCUAACCCAAUAUCCCACAUCUACCAACAGCUCCCAAGGAGCACUGGAGGAAAGCACAGGGAAGGGAUGUGCAGACAACAGUCCUUCUCCUGGUUGGUGCCCAGCUAACUGCAGCUCAGAGCCAAGGCAGAGGCUGCUCAGCCCCCUGUUUAACAGCCCCUGACAGAGCCAACACAGCCACCUCCUUCUCUUUUGCCCCCUUGUUCGGAUCACUUUGUGCUUUCAGUCUCUGCAACAUCCUGGAGCCACAAUUCCUCCCAGCUCCCUAAUUUGCCAGACAGGCUGGAAGCUCUGCACAGCAUCAGGAGACACAGCAGAGGCAGAGGGGCCCAGAUCCUGCAGCUGCAGCUCAGCAGACACCCAGCAGGGCAGUGACAAGGGCCACGUGUCCCCUGUCCCCCAGGCCCAUGCCCUGCAGCUGUGGGAACUGUGCUCGGGGCUGAGAGUUGAUUCCUUCAGGAAACACGGAACCUCCUCCUGGCAAACUCGGGUUGAACUCCCUUAUUUCUGAAACUGGUGCCACAGCAGCAUCUCUGCCAGCAAAUAUGGUCCAAGAUGCCCACGUCCCAAAGCAUUUGGGCUUCCACAACGUGGCUCACGGGGAGCUCGGGCUCACCUCGCCCCUGCUGCCAGGCUGCCCCCAGUGUGUGACCAGGGCUGGACAGUGCCACGUGCCUGGAGAUCCCUCCACCAGUGUGGGCUGAGCUGGAGGUGGCACAUCCCGUCCUGGCAGCUCACACAGCUGGAUUAGGAGGAUUUGAGCACACACCCUUCGCCCCAGGCUCAGCCUGGCCCUGAGCUUUGUGUCCUGGGGGUGCAGAUGCGUGUCCCUGCCAGCCAGUGCCAGGUUUGGGGGUGUCCCAAGUGUAUGUUCUGGCCCCAAACCCAGCAAACCUCUGUUCCUCAGCCAUUCGUUGUGUUGUUCCAGGCUUUGCCUGUUUUUCCAGUCCUGCCCUGGCAAAAGGAGCAGCCUCUGCUGAUUUCACUGCAAUGGCCAGAGGAUACUCACCCAAAAUUCCUGCUCAGGGGCAGCUGCAGCCAAAAAAAACAGAUGGACAUCAGGACUCUGGAGGGGGAAAUCAUGGAGCAGCUUGAAGAGCAUCCCCAGGGUCCCAGCUGGAUGCAGAUCUGGGCACAGGUAGAGUCCUAAAGCUGCACAGGCUGGAAGAGGCACCUGGAAAUGCCUGUUCAGCCAGGGCUGGCUGUCCAAAGGGAUGUGACAGAACUCCUAAAAGGCUUGGAGAGAGGGAGCAGGGGUCCUGCUCUCUGUGCCUCAUGGCCAGGGAUAAGGAGAUGAUCAGUGAAAUGUUAAUAUGAUAAGAAGUCAUUGAGACCAAGAAUUUAAUUGGAUUCCAGGCUGGUCAUUUAUAACAGGAAUAUUAGGUUUCAUUAAAAGAAAAAUUUCCCAAGGGACUUGCAUGU